UUUAUAUUGAAAAUUGAGUUAUUAAUAUUAAAAUGACAGAAUAUCCCGAUAUACCCACAGAGCCGAACCAAGCGUUAUUAUGCAUAAACUUCUUACUGAUCAUUGCAAUGGUGGGGAACUUUGUUUAUAUGCUAAAAACACUUCCGUUAAUAGAGACCUUAUUGCCUGCUCAUUUGGUCAUUAUUUUGCCCAGUGUUCUGUAUCACUUAUUCCCAGAUCUACGCUCAAACAUAUGGUAUAGCUUGGUCAGUCAUCUACUUUGUAUUAUGACAUUGUUGAUUGUUGCAGCUGGAAUAGCGUUUUAUAUCUGGUUUGAUGAUGGCCAACUGAGAAAAGUUGUCAAGUACUUUGGUCUUCAAAUCUUUCUCCCAGCUUCAGUUAUGGCCAUCAGCCUUUUGCUAUUAAUGGAUUAUGGCCACUCGCCAGUGUUAUAUUCUGUUCCUACAUUGGAUAAAAAUGGAGAAGUUAUUGGCUUUGUUUCUAAUCAGUUCAUUCAAAAGGCUGGUGAAAAUACAAUCUAUUCUUUUCAAGGAAAUCUUAGUUCUCCAAGCUUUCAACAGAUUUAGAUAUUAAAGAUUUCAAUUCGUCA